UGACCACGUUUCAGCAGCACAACCUGAGUGUUCACUUCAUUUCUGAAGAUGGCUUCACUGUGGAUAAUUGCCAUAACUCUCUACAUGAUGUGGCCAGCUCGAUCGGUGGAUCUUUUCCAUCCACCAUUUCUCUCAGUGAAGUCUGGAGAUUGUAUUAGCCUUAAAUGCCAAUUUGGAUACAAUCAUAGGACUGAAAGUGUGAUUUGGUACAAACAAAGCACUGGAGAGAUGCCUCGAAAAAUCGGAGAAAAAAUAGUGUAUAAAGAGGUCAAAUUUUCCAAAGAGUUCCAGAAUUCAGGCUAUAAUAUGCAGACGACUGAUAAUGCCAUUUUUCUGACAAUUCCAAAUAUUAAAAAAGAUCAUGAAGGACUUUACUACUGUGCGAAAUCAUUUUCCAUGGAGAAUGUUACACUGUCUAAUGGAACGUUCUUGGCUGUGACAGAUGACAGAGAUGUAAAAGUAUCGGUGUGGCAGCACGGGAUGUCGGACUCGGUUCCUGCAGGAGCCUCAGUGACUCUGCAGUGCUCGGUUCUCUCUGAGAGCAGAGCAGCAGAACUCCAAGUGCUCUGGUUCAGAGCUGCUCCACCACAAUCCCAUCCUCAAAUCAUUUACACUCAUCACAACAGCAGCCAUCAGUGUGAGAGCGGCUCUUCUACACACACCUGUGUGUACAACUUCACCAAGAACAUCCUCAGCCUCAGUGAUACUGGAACUUACUACUGCGCUGUGGUCCUGUGUGGGAAGAUCAUAUUUGGGAAUGGAACACAAAUACAGCUGGAGAACUCUGGUUCUGCAACGUCUUAUAAUCCUGUAGUGGUCAGUUUGGCAACAGCAUUGGUAAUGUGCGGGAUUCUGACUUCUGUUCAAACUGUUUUACUCUGUAAAAGGAAAAACUGUCAACAAUGCAAAGAGAGAAGUUUGCAUGGUGCUGUGAUAAACACUGAGAAGACGAACACUCAGGAUCCUGAUGGCAUGGAGCUGAAUUACGCUGCAUUACAUUUUAAUGAAAGGAAAACUAAAAGAGUGAGAGGAAACCGAGGUCGAUCUCAAGAAAGUGUGUACUCAGAAGUGAAAACUUCCACCAUUACUCACUAAAAUAAUCUUCAACAUUAUGGUGCCUGAAAUUGUUUGUAUUUUUUAUCUGCUUUAUUGUUUUAGUUCAUAAGUCUGUAAACAAACAUUUAUUUGUUUGGUUUGGCUCCAUUUAUCUUAAUAUAAAGUUAAUAUAAAGAACUUUUUUCUCAUGACCUUUUAACCUAUACUGGAAGGUUUCUGUCCUGGUGGGCGUGGUGUCUUUCUGGGUAACUCCACCUCCAUCCAUAGGGCACAGAGGCUUAUUGAAUAACUUGAUGAGGAUGAAAGAGAUCUAAAAUCAUAUGUUAUGGCCUUCACACUCACCAUAUCUUAACCUAAAAUAGUGAUGUGUUAAUCAGCAUUCUCCAUCAUCAUCAUCAUCAUCAUCAUCGUAAGAUAAUCUAAGGAAAAUCUUUUAGAAGAACGGCACUUCUCGCUGUAGUCCAGAUCUCUUCUGGAGAUUUAUCAUGGCUUAACACCUUAGCAAUCUACGUUUAUUUACGUUUUUUUCAAUUUGUCAGCCAUUUGUAGGUUUGCUUACCUGUAUUCUGAAAUUCACUGAUCAGGCAUAACAUUCUGAGCCUUGACAAGUGAAGUGAAUAAGACUGAGUAUCUCCUCAUCAUGGCACCUGUUAGUGUGUGGGAUAUAUUAGGCAGCAAGUCAACAUUUUGUCCUCAAAGUUGAUGUGUUAGAAGCAGGAAAAAUGGACAAGCGUAAGGAUUUGAGUGAGUUUGACCAAAAGGGCCAGAUUGUGAUGGCUAGACCACUGGAUCAGAGCAUCUCCAAAACUGCAGCUCCUGUGAGGUGUUCUCGGUCUGCAGUGGUCAGUAUCUAUCAAAAGUUAGAGCAUCUCCAAAACUGCAGCUCUUGUGGGGUGUUCCUGGUCUGCAGUGGUCAGUGUCUAUCAAAAGUGGUCCAAGGAAGGAACAGUGGUGAACCGGCGACAGGAUCACUGGUGGCCAAGGCUCAUUCAUGCACGUAGGGAGCGAAGGCAGGCUCGUGUGAUCCGAUCCAACAGAUGAGCUACUGUUGCUCAAACUGCUGAAGAUGAUAAUGCUGGUUCUGAUAGAAAGGUGUCAGAAUAGACUGUGAAUCACAGUUUGCUGCAUAUAAAGCUGCAUAGCCAUCAGGGUGCCCAGGCUGACCCCUGUGCACCACCGAAAGGACUGGACCACAGAGCAAUGGAAGAAGGUGGCCUGGUCUGAAGAAUCGUGUUUUCUUUUACAUAACGUCAAUGGCCAGGUGCAUGCGUGUUGCUUAUCUGGUGAACACAUGGCACCAGGAUGCACUAUGGGAAGGAAGCAAGUCAGUGUAGGCAGUGUCAUGCUUUGGGCAAUGUUCUGCUGGGAAACCUUGGGUCCCGAUAUCCAUGUAGAUGUUAAUUUGACAUAUACCACCUACCUAAGCAUUGAUAUACACCAUGUACACUCUUUCAUGGAAACAGAAUUCCUGAUGGACGGGCCCUCUUUCAGCAUGAUAAUGGUUCAGGAAUGGUUUGAUGAGCACAACAAUGAGUUUGAGCUGUUGACUUGGCCUCCAAAUUCCCCAGAUCUCAAUCCAAUCCAGCAUCUGUGGGAUGUGCUGGACAAACAUGUCCGAUCCACAGAGGCCUCACCUCACAAUUUACAGGACUUAAAGGAUCUGCUGCUAACAUCUUGGUGCCAGAUACCACAGCACACCUUCAAGGAUCUCAGCAAAGGCUUCCAUCAGAUAAGAAACAAACAUACAAACAAAAACAGUAACAUUGUCUGUCUGGAAAACAGUAAGAUAUAUCACUUACUGAAAACAAACAGAUGAAUAAAC